GGUUGGGUCAGUCGGCUCCAGGGAUCAGGACAUCCUGGUUCUAAAGCUGACGUUGAUUUCUGGCAACCUGGGUAUAAAUAGGUCCUCAUCUCCAAGCUUACAGCACUGAUCCUCCAGGUGGUCUCCUGACACUGACAGAGAAAGUACAGAACCUCAGACACCAUGCAGACCAACCUGUUUGUUUGUUGCCUCCUUCUCCUCUGCUCAGCGUUGGGAGAGGCGGCUACAAGAAAGCCAAAAAAGCAGCCAGUACCAGAUGCCGGCAGCACAGCCAAAGCUGAACCCGAAGCAGAAGCCUCUGCUCCACAAGUCAAAACCCUUGCAAGAGGCUGGGGUGACAGCAUUGAGUGGAUUCAGACCUAUGAAGAAGCUUUGGCCAAGUCUAGGGAACUAAGAAAACCCCUUAUGGUGAUUCAUCACUUGGAAGACUGUCCCUUCAGCCAAGAACUGAAGAAAGCUUUUGCUGCUGAUGUUAUGGCACAGAAAUUGGCACAAGAGGAUUUUGUCAUGUUAAACGUUGUGCACCCCGUGGCCGAUGAGAACCAGUCUCCAGAUGGAUUCUAUGUACCCAGAGUCAUGUUUGUGGAUCCAUCAAUGACCGUCAGGACAGAUCUUGCAGGAAGAUACUCAAACAGACUGUACGCCUACGAAGCUGGCGAUAUUCCAGAGUUGGUCACAAACAUGAAGAAAGCUAAAAUCCUCCUGCACACCGAAUUGUGAGUGUCUGACCACAGAGGAGAUCCUCCAGUGCAGCAAUGGUGACCGUGAUGCACUGAACGCCCCCAAUCACACAGGACUAUUGUAGCUCCCAGAAAAAGAAGCAGCAGCGAACAUUCCGAUUCCUCCUGCGGUUACCGUUUCCUACCUUUUGUAUAGGCUACAGCUCGUGUCUGUUGGCGCCUCUCACUGCUCCUUCUGUCUUUAAACUUUGGUUCCACGCUCAGCUAAAAAUUCAUGCCAUUCUGCUCAAUCAUCAUUCCUUUUUACACUGCACCGUGCAAACAUAAGAAACCGCCUUUUGGUCGAUAAUGGUAUUCUUGGUAGACGAUGAAUACAUUAGCAGUGAGUAGGUAGUGGCGUUAUCAGGAGAUCCUAAUAUAUUACCGUUACCCUGCUAAUAAUGAGCUCACUGUGGUCUUUCCUCUUCUCUUUUAAUAUAUUUUAUUGCCCAAUUUGUUCCUCAACUUUCACACAGUCCACACUGAAAAGGCGAGAGAUCCUCACAGCUUUCUCUUUGUCCAUGUUCUAUCCAGGUCACCUUUGUAACUGUAUACAUUUUCUAUAAAAUAUUUACUAUGUAUUUGUAACAAAUAAACAGUUUUUAUCCCAA